AUGCUAAGAUCACAAAGAAGUAUUUCAGAGAUACAAGCAGCCCAUGUUAAAAGAGCUGAUGAUUCAGGAAUAGCUCCCAAAGCAUCAAUGGAACUAAUGGCCAAGGCAGCUGGUGGACGGGAAAAAGUUGGAUUAACUUCUAUGGAUCUUAAGAAUUAUUUGCAUUCAUAUCUGACUAGGAAGAUGGAGAAGGGAGAAGCAGGUGAUGGUCAGAUGAUAGUAGGCUAUGGUCAUUUUGGUGAUGUUAUAUGUUUUGAUACAACGUAUAGAACAAACAAUGAAAAUCGACCAUUUGCAAUGUUUGUGGGGGUGAACAAUUAUAUGCAAUCAAUAAAUUCUAGUGUUGCAUUGUUGUAUGAUGAAACUGCAAAAACAUUUGAGUGGCUUUUUAAGAGUUUCAUCAAAACAAUGGGUGGAAAACAACCAAAGACAAUUCUAACUGAUGAUGAUGCAACUAUGGCAAAGACAAUCAAUUUGACAUUUUCUAAGGAUUUUAGCAAUUGUGUUUAUGAUUAUGAGGAUGUAAAUGAAUUUGAAGAUGCAUGGGAAAAGAUGAUUAAGAGGUAUAAGCUCCAAGAGAAUGAUUGGUUGCAAAAGUUAUAUGAUAAAAGGCAUAAAUGGGCUUUAGUAUUUGGGCAACAAACAUUUUCUGCUGCAAAUAGAGCUGCACAUUCUAAGAAUGCUUACAAGAUUGUUAUGGAGACUGCAGAAAAGAUUUUAAAAGAAGUGACAGAAUGUUUGAAACAUACAACAUUUGACCAAUCAUCUAUUUCACUAGAGGACAUGGAAGCUGAAAUUAAUGACAAUAGUAGCUCUCCUUCAUUACAUGUUGAUAAAAUAUGUGGAGAUAUUGAUGGCAAAAAUGUCAAUUUUGCUGAAGAAGGGACCUCAACAAUAGUGAAAGGAAUUAAACACAAGAUGACCAAUGUGCGUUCUUCUAAGAGGCCAAAAAAUGCUUUAGAAAAAGCCAUAGCAAAGAGAACAAAGCGGAAAAAGAAUCAUAUUGCCGAAGAAAGUUCUACCGAACAACCUAUACAGGUGAGGGCUUGA